CAAGAUGGCUACCGCUCACAGCGUGCUAAGGCACGGCUUGCAGAUGCGUUCCAACUUCGACUUCUCAAAGCUGCAGCUUCGUUCGUGGUUCCCCCGCCACAUGGCGGUCGGGAUGAUGCAGAUGCAGGGCAAACUGCACAGCAUCGAUGCCGUCAUCGAAGUUCAUGACGCCAGAAUCCCAUUCACGGGCCGCAACUUCAAUCUCUCCGACAUCGGUAUCCUGAAGCCCUCGAUACUCGUGCUAAACAAAGUCGACCUUGUGGCCCCAGAACGACGCGAGCGCGUGGCUUCUCGGUUCAAUGACAUGGGGCAUGAAGUGCUCUUCACCAACUCCAAGGAGCCUUCAGAUCGUGGAGUGGAAUGUAUAGUAGAAAAGGUUCUGCACAAAAUCAAAAACUCGAACCGGUACAACAGGUCCGAGUUUCCCGAAAUCAACCUCAUGAUUUUGGGCAUCCCGAACGUGGGCAAGUCAUCGCUUAUUAAUUCCCUACGCAACCGCAACAUGCACAGGAAGAAGGCCGCCGCAGUAGCGCCUAGGCCUGGCGUCACGAGAUGCGUAAUGGAGCGCAUUCAGGUAUGCAGGAGGCCGCAGGUUUACAUCCGGGACACCCCCGGGGUGCUGGCACCCUCCAUACCCAGUGCCGAGGCGGGUCUGAAGCUCGCCCUCGCCGCCACGGUGGACGACAGACUUGUGGGCGCCGAGCUGCUGGCCGACUACCUCCUCUUCAGGCUCAACAAGGCGGGGCGGCGGGAGUACGUGGAGGCGCUGCAGCUGUCGGGCCCCACCGACGACUGCCGCCGCCUCCUGCUGCUGCUCUGUCACCGCCACCGCAUGACGAUCACCGGAAAUGCGAAGCUCGGCUUACGCGAAUCACCGAACAUAGCGCGCGCCGCUGAACUCUUCGUGAAGCACUGGCGAGCUGGCGACUACGGCUGCCAGAUGCUCGACGAGUGCUGAUGGUGGCUGCCAGAUGCUCGACGAGUGCUGAUGGUUGCUGCCAGAUGCUCGACGAGUGCUGGUGGUGGCUGCCAGAUGCUCAACGAGUGCUGAUGGUGACUACCACAUGCUCGACGAGUGAUGAUGGUGACUGCCAAAUGCUCUCGUGGGCUGACGGUGGCUGCCAGAUGCUCGACAAGUAAUGACGGUGGCUGCCAGAUACUCGACGAGUGCUGACUAUUACAUGCUCGACGAGUGAUGAUUGUGGCUGCCAGAUAUUCUACGUGUGGUGACGGCUGCAUUUAGAACCUGGAAGUCUAACUUAGACAAACAUUACUUUGAGGGAAGUGGGUAAAUCAAUACAUUGUACGAUAAUG